AUGACACCACCCUCAACCAUCCCUGGACUCCUCAGUGUCCCUAGACUCACCACACUAUUUGCGUCACUGUUUGUCGCAGUAGGAGCUGGCACCAACUAUGUCUUCUCUGCGUAUUCCCCUCAACUGGCUGCUCGCCUAAAUAUCAAUCAUACCCAGCUCAAUGUUAUUGGCCUCGCCGCCAACAUUGGCGUGUACAGUAGUGGACCAUUCUGGGGCAAAAUUGUCGACUCCCGAGGGCCACGUAUACCAAUCUUCGUCGCGUUCUUCUUCCUUUUUUGGAGGCUAUACCGGAAUCCGUCAUUUCUACAAUACGGGAGUUCCGGAUGGCUCGACGAUAUCGACUGGAAUGCGGCGUUCACCGGGGGCGUUAACGCGACAGCAAAAACAUUUCCAGACAAAGCGCGCGCAACCACUACUGGUAUUGUGCUGUCUGGAUUCGGGCUCUCCGCGUUCUUUUUCUCGACCAUCGCCCACUUUCUCUUCCCUGGUGAUACAUCAUCCUUUCUGCUCCUUCUCUCUUGUGGUACGGCUUUCACCACAGUCAUCGGUUUUUUCUUCGUUCGCGCUAUUCCACUUUCCGCUGCCGAUAUGGACCACAUUGUCGUGACCGCAGGAACUGCUGAAGCAGAGGCAACUAUCUUCCACCAUCCAGACGAGAGUCACACCCCCUUACUCGAAGAAAGCCACGCAGCGAGCAACGGCGACGACCUGUCCGUCUCGUCGCCUCGCACUCACUCCCACUCCCGAAGUCGUAGUAGGGCAAAGGCCGAUAUCAUUGAAGGACCUAAUAUCUAUGGUCGCGCCCUUUGGGUUGAUCCUGACUUUUGGUUACUCUUCCUGACGUUAUCAUUGUUGAGUGGAACUGGUUUGAUGUAUAUCAACAAUGUCGGUUCCAUGUCCCAGGCUCUCUAUGCGAAAGACAACGCAGAAUACGACGAGGUUGAGGCAUCCAAGUGGCAAGCAGCCCAAGUUUCUACCAUUUCCAUCAUGAAUUUCGCUGGUCGAAUCCUCAUUGGCCUGAUUUCCGACAGCAUAAAAAACCGUUUCGGUCUCCCGCGGUCAUAUUCCCUGCUCAUUGUCUCGACCUUGUUUUUCUUCUCGCAACUGCUUGCAGUUCAAAUAACCAGAGUCGAGGAUUUGUGGAAAGCCAGCGUCCUGGUUGGUCUAUCGUAUGGGACGAUUUUUGGCUUGUUUCCGACUGUUUGCAUCGAGUUCUUCGGAUUAUCCCACUUCUCGGAAAACUGGGGGUAUCUCUCUUUGUCGCCGCUAGCAGGUGGGAAUCUGUUUUCCAUUGCCUUCGGUCGUAAUCUGGACGCGCAUGAGCCUGGGGAGACAACAACGACGAGAGCCGUUGCAGCGGUAGCUGCUACACUCGCGCUCACAACCGGCGCGUGUUUUGUAGCAAUUCUGCUCAGCGCUCUGGCUGCUUGGCGUGAAAGGAGGAAACUGCGGCUUCUGGCUGCCAGGGUUCUACUUAUGUCUCUCCUCGAUAGCGAUCCCACCGACUGGGCUUACGUUUCGGAAGGCGGCGCAACUAUCGUUUUCUCUUAUCAUGGUCCCCCCAGCCAGCUUUUUGACCGCAAGGUCCUUCGAUUGCGCAAGUGUCCUGUGGGCUCAAUCAGCCCCGCCAUCGACAAUAACGAUUUCAACAUUAUUUUCCACGAAAGAUGCAUCACAAGGCUCCUUCCACAAGAGCACCUUCCUAAACUGGAACUCCUAACUUUAGACUCGGACGCAACAGGAUGGUUGGAAACACUUUCGGCCCAAACAGAGGCAUCGCGGCCUCCAAAGAGACGACUGAAAGACCAUAUCGACGUCCAUAAUCCACGCGCAGUGCUGGCCACCGAUUUAAUUAGUGGGCUGGGCAUCGCAGUUGAAAUCAAGCCGAAAUGGGGCUUCUUGCCAUCUCCUAUCCAUCUUUCUGACGAAAGUCGUGCGUUGAAGACGAGAACAUGUCGCUUCUGCAUGCACUCCCAUCUGCGGACUUUGGAAGGCGAAGUUGUUGCGACAGAGUAUUGCCCGCUUGAUCUGUACUCUGGGGAGGAGACAAGAGUCAGACAUGCACUCGAAGUCUUGUGGGAAGCUUGGAUUUCGAGCGAGGGUGCAGUUAACAACCUCAGAUUGUUUGUGGAUGGACACAAGAGCGAGCCAGCCGAGAAACCUACCAUUCUGCAAGAAAAGGAUAGAGUGGUGUCUUCUCUCCUCGCGCUCUUGCUUGAAUCUCCUGUCCUGCGCAUAUUGUCCCGUCUCCAACGCACAUUGGACGCUCUGGACAUCGAAGGGCUAGCCUCCAUAUCUGACGUCUCUUCCCCUGGCCCAGAGCCGACUCUAGACGAAUGGGACGCGUUCAUUUCCGCUUACACGCUCUCACCAUCGGCGUUCCCCGACCAAACUCGAUACCACCAUCUCGCUCAUCUACUUUCCGCGACGUUCAAAGAUUGUUCAGUUGUGGUCCGCAUCCCAGAAGGCACGGUAACGGUCAUUGAUUUGGACGUCAAAAGCAUCGCGCGGCUUGGUCAAUGGGAGAAGCUGGAUCAAAAAAUUGUGGGGGCAUACAAGAGCGUGCCAGAGGGUGAAAGGAAAGCUUGUGUCGACGGGGGAAACUGA